UUUUACCAAUCAGGAAGUACGACCUUUUCUUCCCACUCGUCGUAUACUGAAACACAAAAAUAUCAAUGAAUACUCAAGAUUUACCACGAUAUAUCAACUAAAAACUCGAAAGUAAUCUUUUGGCGUAAUACCUUAAUGCUGAAGUUAGUUUAGCGACCAUUCGCUUUUACCGGAACACCUGGAUUUGUUUGUUUGUUUGUUUGUUUUUUUCCGAGGAUGGAUGUUCCUCAACUCAACGAAGAUGAGAUGGCGGAGAUUAAAAGAGAUGUCCUGACUCGCAUGCGGCACUACCUCUGCGAGAAGAUCCGGGCACGGUGCCAUCUGGACUACCUGCGCUCCCGCCGCAUCUUGACCCGGGACGACGCAGAGGAGAUCAACAGCAAGAGCACGCAGACCAACAGGACGGGGUGGCUACUGGACAUCCUCACCGAGAACCCCCGCGGCCUCGACGUUCUGGUUGACUCCAUCCGGGAGCUGCGCUCGCAAAACUUCGUCAUCCACAAGAUCACAGACGAAGUGCAGAAGGCCAAGAAUGAGAAGCUGGAGUCUCUCAGAGCCGGAGCUUCUAGUUCCUCGCCCAAGAACAACCUCACCCCUCCAUGUACCAUCCAUGAGCUCUCCGGUACAUUUUCAAACAACUCCACCAUGCUGUUCUAUCCGGACAGACAACGAAGCCCCUCCACUUUGGAAGUCCACUCCCGCCCCAGCGCGCCGUCGCUGCCGAACGGCGGCGGUCUGACGUCUGUGGCCUCCUCCUCCAGCCUCCCCAAGCCGGGAGACCCGGGAGCUCCCGCUCUGCCCGAGGAUGAGGAGGAGCAGCUGGUGGAGUCGCCCUCCAACAUAGAAGCGGUGUCACCGGGGUCCACCAACAGCGGAGCGGAUCCCAACUUCCAAUCCCUACGCUCGCGAUGUCUCACUCCCGCGUCACAUCGGAGCAACUUUUACUAGAAUACUAUGUUUGCAUUAAAGGGACAAUCAGGUACAUGACACACCCACUAACUAGAUGUUUUGCUGCUUUUUAUUACAGUAUAAACUGCAUAAUACAGUGACUACACUGUACACCAAAACAUGCACAAGCAAUAGCUUCAUCUCUUGUGUAUUCAAUGACACCUGUGAAAUUCCCCAAAAAUACCGAAACUGUGGUAUACACUGUAAUCACGUUGAAGUUACUAAUGUCUAUUAUCUGAUUUUUAAAAUGACAAAUAUGUUCUCUGUACUCGUUUGCAGAUUUAUGUUUGUACACAAAAGACACAUUGCAGUGAAACAUAAUAAUGCAAGAGCUGUAUCCCAAAUUUAUGAAAAAAUAAUGCUCAGUUUCUAGGCAUUCAUCCAUCAAUCCACUUUUUAUUACGCUUGUCCUCCUUAGCAGUUUGUUGCUAAAAUUUGUCAAUGAAAAUGUAUUUUUUAUAUUCAUUCAUCUAAUUAAAAACAGUAAAUUGA